AUGGCUUGUGCUCCAUUGUGUAGCAGAUCAAAGCUGAAUGUUCCUUUACUUCUUCGCGCUACUUCUGAUUUACUGACUGUCAGUCUGCUUCACGCAGUCUACUUCCUGAUUAAAGUUUUCGGCAGUCAUAAGUGGAGUUUCUUUUGUGAUGAUUGGAGCAUUAAAUAUCCGUAUAAAGGUAAUACUGUAUCCUCUCUAGCAGUAGCCUUAUAUGGUUAUUUAACGCCAAUCGUGAUAAUUAUCCUAGUGGAAAUAGGCACAGCAAUAUUUAGAAAGAUAACUGAAAGGAGUUAUUCAAUGAAAAGUUCGCUGCCAUUUAUUUAUGACUUCUGUAUGGCUUCUCUUAUGUCACAAGGAGUUUGUUUCUUCUUGACAACACUUACAAAGUAUAAUCUGGGUCGAUUGAGACCGCAUUUUUGGGAUGUGUGCCAGCCAAAUAUUCCGAUUAAUUGUACAGGCCUGCAAACGGUGUACACAUGUCAAGGCACUAGACAAGAUUUAAUUCAUGAUGUUUUCUUAUCAUUUGUAUCUGGUCAUGCAUCAACAGCCGCUGCAGGUAUAUUUUUCUCUGUGAUAUAUCUCCAAGCUCGCCUGCAGUUGCCUCCAUUGCCUUUGUUUCGACCAUUCAUUCAGUAUGCACUAAUCGCUAGUUUGAUAUAUGUGUGCACUACUCGUGUAACUGAUCACUAUCAUCAUGCGACGGAUGUUUUAGCUGGAUUGAUACUGGGUUUUCUAACUUCAGUAUUUGCUUUCUUCUGGUAUCUGGGGAAUGUUUUCAGUCAGAAUGAAAAUGCCAAAUCAAGUUCUAUGUAGAUAGAUAGACAGGUGAUGGCAAGGCGGCAAGAUCUAUAACAUUAAUGGAUUACAACACACUUACAAGUUAUUGCAACAAUUACAAUAUUCUGCUAAGCUAACGAAUGAAUUAUCUGUCUGUCUUUCUGUCUGUUAUCCAUCUGUGUAAGCCAACUUCAUUCCCUUGUUCGACUCCUGGGUUUUUACUCACCUUUAUUUCCUCCUAUUUUGAAAUUUUUAUCGUGUUUAACGAUUAUCAUUUCAUCAUCAUCAUCAUGGGCAGUAGCAACAGUGUAUCCCUUGAGCAUAUGAGAAAACCGAAUGCUGUAUCAUCAAUUAAUAUCAUAUUACUAUUGUUGCUACUUUUCAAGCUGUGACUGCUU